GAGUGAAAGGCCCCGGUCUGACAUACACAAGGGCAGACGGACAUCAGAGCUGAAAUGCCCCUGCAGGGAGUAAGAACUGACACCUCAAAGUGGACGCUUCGUCAUUCUGUAACAGAUUCAGGAGCAUGUGAGAUAUAAAAUGGAUGAUUUGGAUCACAGCAUUCACAUUGCAAACGAUGACUGGACCAGCUUCUAUGAGGAGUGCGAGGGGUGUGGUCUGGUGCAGCCUUCGCUCGCUUGCCCUGAUAGCUGGAGCCUCAGUGAUUCAGAGGAACUGGGCAACCCAAGCUCAGUGUCCAGCGCAGGCCAUCAGGAGCCAGAGCACAGCUGUGCUGCAAGCAGUGAUGGAGCUGAAGGCAGUGCUGCAGGAUGCUGCAUGGAGGAAGAGAACUGCACAGAUGGUGUGAAGUCUGUAUCAGUGCAGGUGGUUCAGUGUGGUUCAGCAGGAGAAACUAAAGCUGAAGCAGGCCGUGGUAAUCCUGAAGAAAAUGCCUUCAACACAGCAGAGCACAUCGAAGAGGAGAAACAUGCUAACAUCAAAACUACACUGCAAAUUGAGCAACUAAAUGUUCAGUGUUCAGAGGGAGAAUCGUCAGAGCUGAAAAGAGGAGAUGAAGCUGUGCAAAUUGAGACUGACAUUCAUGGCCUCAUAUCCACGCAGCAACCUGACCCCAUUUCCUACAACCUAACAGAGCUAGACGGAUCUGUGAGUGAGGAUGUGAGUGGUUUAAGAGCAGAGAAAGAGCGCUGGUUUGUGACAGUGAACGAGAGUCCUGCACGACAGGGAGUACGCGCUGCCUCUGUGAAAAAAAAACGAAGGCAAAAAAAAACUCGUAAGGAAAGAUCACUUGAAAACCACUAUAGAUUAGAGAAGACAAAAGAUAAUAAUGAAUCUGAGGUAGAACGUAACUUAGUAAAAAAAUGUGCUGAAACAGAUUCUGAGAGUGUGCCGAUGGGAGUCAUUUCAGAUUCAUCGCAAAUGUCUUUAACUUCUGAUGAGGAAGACAAUUUGUCAGAACAACUGGUGAUGUCUCCUUCCCCUCAAGACAAUAUCAUUGAGCCAACAGUAGAAUUCAAAUCAAACAACAGAAUUACACCCAGAAAACCGAUAAAGUUAGACAGUGUGGAGUCUGACGUAUAUGAAGACGGUGUUGAGUUCUACUCCACUCACAGUUUUGACUCUGAAAGCUAUCUGUCAGCUACCGAAUCAUGGGAGGAUCUUCAGCAUCUCCUCAAGGAACAUCAACAACUGCAACGCUCAUUAUCACUGACAGAAAACAGCUAUCUAUUCAAUCUGACUGAGAUUACCGAGGCAGACAACACGCAAGAUAGAGAAAUGCUUUCUUAUGAUGUACCAGCUUCUAACUGUGAAGGUCAUGAAAGCACCGAUGUUCAGCCAUCUGCUGGGCAAAGUGCAGACAGAAUGCCAGAGGAUAUCUCCACAUGUGAUAACCAAACACACAGCACACUUCCUGCACCUACACCUGGACUCCAAAAACAGGAAGUAAAUCAUUUAGCAUCUGGUGGCUCUUCAGUAAAUCAGUUGCUCCCCAUUCCUGAUUUAACUGUAACCCCUUGCUCUGUGGCCGACAGCCCUGAAACAUACGCCGAAGCCGCGGGACACACUCGACCUGUGUACGCCAUUUCUGCUUUUUGGGAUGAAAUGGAAAAGUUGACGAUAAAUGACAUUUUGCAGCUCAGGGUGGGUAGAAGCACCCCUCCCAGAGAUACAGUCACACCAAACGCAGAUGGCCCUUUGCUCGACACAGUGGAGUAUAAUUUGUCUGAUGGUGUUCUGAUGGAUACAUCUGACACUGCUGAUUCAGACUAUUUCACACAGCCCGACGAAUCCAAGCGCGAUCGUUCAAGCUGCGAGUUCUCCACGUCCGAUUUUGAAGAAGAGUACUGGCAGUAUCUUAGCGCCAGUAGGAACCAGAGUCCUGACCCUCAAAGCAAAAGCCAACAGAGCCCGGGCGACUCUCCUUUCACAGCAUAUGAGAAAGAGGAGUCUUUAAGCUCUGAAACACCUGUGCCUUUAGAGGACUAUGCAGAGGAUCAGGAAGCCAGUGAUUUCCUUUUGAGCAGACUUGGGUUGCCAAGACCGAUCACAAAAAGCAAAAGCUUGCAAAAUCUAUCAGCUUUCAAAACAGAGGAUUUAUCUUUGCAGUUGUUACUCGGCAAAGAUGAGAGCAGUUUGUUUCUCAGCAGCUGUCCAUCUCUGGAAGAAAAUGUGGUUUUAACAGCUAGCGACAGCCUGGGAACACAAAUACCUACAUCUUUACUGGGUGAACAUGAUCAGAUAUCCUUGCCUGAAGUGUUUGAAUACCUUUACAGCGAUGAUAGGACAAACGGAGACUCCCAAUGUGUUAAAGUCUAUGAUCCAGUUGACAUCUCAAUGGUUUAUGACUACUCUCUUUGUGCGUUCAGCGAUGAAAUGUCCUUCUCUUUCCUCUACAAUUUCCCACGCAGUGAGGAGAAACCCAUCCCCAUUUUCUCUUGUUCUCAGCCCCUCAUCAGAGAACUCACAUUCCCAAAUCCGGACUUUGUUUUCUUGCGCUCAGACUUCGAGGAGGAGGGCGACAUCUCCCCAUUCAGGAUCAUGUCUAGCUCUUUCUUCAAGAGGGACGAUUGCGGGGUGUCUGCCUCAAAUGGAUUUUACAAUUGGAAAAGUUUGAUGAGGAAGGUUCGCUUUCCUGACAAAGGGAGCAUCUGGUGCAGUAGAUCUGGAGCCACGGUGUUCCCAGAUGAGGUUGAGAAGAUCACCACAAAGAGUGCGGACCCACCACUCACAGUGCUCACUGCCAGGAGAGGCUCUUCGUCUCCUUUUCUGCUGUUUAGCGAGCUAGCAUUGCAGAAGAGGGUUUUGGACGCUCUACAGGCAACAAGACAAGAGGGCAUUUUCUCCUCACUGAAGCAGUCGGAUAUGUGCAUGGUCUGCAUCGCCUUUGCCUCCUGGGUGUUAAAAUCAUCUGAUCCUGAGUCUGCUGAUGCCUGGAAAGCAGCUCUGCUGGCAAAUGUGAGUGCGCUGUCGGCCAUCCAGUACCUGCGGCAGUAUGUGAAGAGGAGGAAUCCUUCCUAACAGGAUCCCUGAUACACAACAAAGAAGAGCGCAAUCAUUUCCAAACACUUUCACUUGGGUCCAUCUAUAAGGAUAUAUAUACUAUAUAUUAUGUACUGUAUGUUAUAUUGCCUCAGAGUUUUUCAUUUCUUUCCUUAAAAUAAAGCAUGUAUGCUAGUAAGACAUUUUUUGCUAAGUAUGUUAAAGUUCAGUAAUUUUACGUAAACAGAUUCCAUGAAAAGAGACAAACAAAAACAAAAUUCUAAUACUAGUUAAAGUAGGCCAUAUAUUCAAGACCAAGUUGGAACAAAUUGGCUUAGGGUUGAAAGCCACAGACAGGAUGGGAAAGUUAAAAAGUUGUUGGUUUUGAUCUUACAAUGGGAUUUGUUUACCAUAAGAAAGUUAAAGCUUAUGCCCAGCAUUAUCGUUUAAACAUUAAAACAUUUCAGCUGCAUUUUAAACGUUAAGAUAACUGGGUAAACUGAUGUUAUGUGGACCACUAUGUUAGCACAGAUACUCAUAAUUUGUUGUGCCCUUUGUGAUUGUGAUGGCUUUGUAUGUUAUACGGCUUUAAACAUGCAUGUUUUAAUGGCAGCUUGUAGAGAGCUGAUGCAAAGUGUCUCUGGGAGUUUGUUGUAGAGGAUGAAAAGGUGGGUGAAAACCUGAAAAGAGUUGCGUUGUAGAGUAUUGGUCCGCCUGUAAGUUGUAGGAACGUAAAGUAAGUGACUGCAGGAGCUGUGCAUGAUGGGUAAGCAUUGGUUCCCUUAUUUUGAGCUUUGUGCCCAUUCGAUACAAAGUAAUGUCAACUUGUGACUAAUCACAGGCUCACAAUUUGUUUUUGUAGUUUUUACACAUUUGACACUUUAAGAUUAUUAUAUUUCCAUAAUGUCACACAGGCUUGACAGGGCUAACCCCGUUUUAAAAUACAAAACAAACAAUGACAAUCUGUUGCAAUUUUUUUUUUUUACCUCUGCCAACGAGGUUGUAUUACUGCUUGGUUGGUCUGUUUAUUUGUUUGUCCGUCAGCAGGUUGAAGGAAAAGGUACGGGCCUGAUUUGCAUGAAACUUGGCAGAAGGGUGAAUUAUGAGAAGAAGAAGACCUUCAACUCUGGAGUGGAUACAAAUCAGGAGGCAGACACAAAAAAUAUGUUUCAUUUGUUGCAAUUGUGAGACAGGGCAUUAUGCUGCAUUCAUGGGAUGUUAGAAUAAUCAGAGUUUGUGUGAAUGUCCUCUCAUGUCAGCCACCACAUUAUGAACCACUGUGCCUAAAUACUAUGUGACUAGUCAGCUCAUCUGCUGAGAUAUUUUACAACCUGUGUUGCAACAAAAUGUAAACUUUAGAAAUAGCUAAAAAUAUAUAUAUUUUCCUAUAUAAUUGAUAUAAACUAAAAAUAAUUGACAUAUCCGGUUUUGUUGUAUCAACUGCUUUUAUAUUUUACUCCUGAACAAUCUGCUGUAGCACAUCUUAAAAAAGAGUUUCUGUAAUUAAGCCCUUACCGAUAUUAACUGUGGACAAAUAAUAAAAAUUUAAUUUCAACAGCACACAAACUGAAAGUAAUGUCUAAAGUACUAAAGUUUGUCUGUGAAC